UAUUUGAUUUUUGUAUUUACAGUGCUGGUCUUCCUCAUGAAAGUGGGGUGAAGUGCAUCAGUCUGGCUGCUGGACUAUGGCUCAGGCAGCUGACCAUUGUAUUGAUGAGAGGUUGCCCAGCACCCUUGUUUGAUCCACACAGCUCUGCAGCAUCUGACCUUUCUGAUCUGUUACUUGCUACAGAUCUCUACUACAUGUCCGCACAGGGUGAUGGAUGGCAGAGCAGAAAUGGAGGUCAUGAGAAGCACAAAAGGGAACACUGCCAGGGAGGUCAGCAUCCAUCUGGUUGCCAAUGAGAACACUGUGCAGAACACACACCUGCCAACAACUGCCUUCAUCAUACCAGCAAAUGCAACUGCCAUCAACCUCCCUACCAGCACCUUAGAAAUCCAGCGAUUUCCUCGGGAGUCGCAGAGGAACACAGCAGCUGAGAGACCUGAGAGAGGGGCAGGGAACGAGGCCAUGACAGCAACUGUCAUCCCCCAGAUCAGCGGGGUGCAGACCUGCAACACGGUUCGGGUCCUGGAGUGGAAGGAUGGGGUAGCUACUCUGCCUGGGAGCAACUUGCGAUUUCGGAUAAAUGAGUAUGGGACGCUGAAAGUGAUGAGUGCCGAUAAAAUCCCACCAGCUGAACCUGUAAAGGAAGCUCACAUGGAGAAAGAUCAGGAGUCGGAAGUAGCACCCAGCAGCAGGGACAAUCACAUUGUGGCUCAGGAUGUACCAGAGCAGCCCAAGCUGCCCACAGCAGAGAACAUGUGCCACUGUGAUACCUGUGGCCGGAGACACAUGUCAGAGGUGGCCCGGGAGGGCAGGGGGUUCUGCAGUGAACACUGUCAUCGUCAGUUCAAAGAAAGGUCUGUCAUUGUAGAGAAUUCUGCUGGCAGCACCAAUGUCACUGAAAUCCUCAAGCCAGUGAAAAAACGGAAAAGAAAGGAUUACCAGAGCCCUUCAGAGGAGGAGUAUGAGUCUGAGCAAAUGGAGGAAAAGCAGGAAGAGAGAAAAAACCUGGGGGGAGACUCCACCGUCAGCAACACCGAGAUUGAAGAGUGGAGCGGGAACCAGCAUGGUGCCAGUGAGGAGAAGAAAGAAGGCUGGUCCUGGGCAUCCUACCUGGAGGAGCAGAAAGCCAUCGCUGCCCCUUUAAAUCUCUUCCAGGAUUACCAAACAGCUUCUCAGAACAAGAAUGGCUUUAAGGUGGGGAUGAAGCUGGAGGGGAUUGAUCCACAGCACCCUUCUAUGUACUUUAUCCUUACAGUGGCUGAGGUGUGUGGCUACCGGAUGCGCCUGCACUUUGAUGGCUACUCUGAAUGCCACGAUUUCUGGCUAAACGCCGACUCGCCCAACAUUCAUCCUGCUGGCUGGUUUGAAGAGACGGGACACAAACUCCAGCCCCCAAAAGGGUGUUCAGGUUACAAAGAGGAGGAAUUCAGCUGGACCAACUAUCUCAAGAUAACAAAAGCUCAGGCAGCUCCUAAACACCUCUUUGUGAUGCGAAGCAGUAAUGAAGUUCCCACAGGAUUUGAGGUGGGCAUGAAACUUGAAGCUGUAGACCGAAUGAACCCUUCCUUGAUAUGCGUUGCCACUGUGACAGAUGUGGUGGACAAUCGUUUUUUGGUGCACUUUGACAACUGGGAUGACACUUAUGACUACUGGUGUGACCCUAGCAGUCCGUAUAUCCACCCAGUUGGCUGGUGUCAGGAGCAUGGAAAACCCCUCACACCUCCUCAAGACUAUCCUGACCCAGAUAACUUCAGCUGGGAAAAAUACUUAAAGGAGACUGGUGCAUCUGCAGUUCCAGCCUGGGCCUUUAAAGUGCGGCCACCGCACAGCUUUCUGGUCAACAUGAAGUUGGAGGCAGUGGACAGGAGGACUCCCUCCCUCAUUCGCGUGUCCAGUGUGGAAGAUGUGGAGGAUUACAGGAUAAAGAUCCAUUUUGAUGGCUGGAGCCAUGUCUAUGAUUUUUGGAUUGAUGCAGAUCACCCAGACAUUCAUCCUGUAGGGUGGUGCUCCAAAACUGGGCACCCGCUGCAGCCUCCUUUCAGGCCAAAGGAACCAGCCUCCUCAGCCCAUGGGGCUUGCCCAACCUUGGGUUGCAAGAGUAUCCCACACACCAAGGGCUCUAAGUACAGCUUUCAUCACAGGAAGUGCCCAACACCAGGUUGCGAUGGCUCAGGACAUGUGACAGGGAGGUUCACGGCCCAUUACUGCCUCUCAGGGUGCCCCUUGGCAGAGAAGAACCAGGGCAGACUGAAGGCUGAGCUCUCCGACACUGAGGCCUCUGCCCGCAAAAGGAACCUGAUUGGCUUCUCCCAGAGAAAAAAGUCCCGGCACCAUGGGAGAGGACGACCUCCAAAAUAUCGGAAGAUCCAGCAGGAAGACUUCCAAACUAUUUCCGCUGACAAUAUGCACCAGUCUCUCUUCAUGUCGGCCUUGUCUGCUCACCCAGACCGCUCCCUGUCUCUCUGCUGGGAACAACACUGCAAACUCCUGCCAGGGGUAGCUGGCAUCACAGCAGCCACGGUGGCCAAGUGGACCAUUGAUGAGGUCUUCAGCUUUGUUCAGACUCUGACGGGUUGCGAAGACCAAGCCAAACUCUUCAAGGAUGAGAUGAUCGACGGGGAAGCGUUCUUGCUGCUGACACAAGCUGAUAUUGUCAAAAUCAUGAGUGUCAAGCUGGGCCCAGCGCUCAAGAUUUACAACGCCAUCCUCAUGUUCAAAAAUGCCGAUGACACCUUAAAGUGACCGUGCCCCAGCAGUGCCGGGACCCUCAGCACUGGAGCUGCCAAACCAUCCCACUGGAGCAGAGACCAUCCCAGCUGCAGCGGCUGGAAAAUCCUGCUCCCUCUUUCCCUCUGAUUCAUCUUCUCUCUUGCAGUAAAUCCAUCCCGCUCCAUCUUCCUCUCUGCAUUAUCCUGCUCCCUGCCUUGUAGGGGAGCACCAGUUGUAUGCUGGGUCCAAGUGCAGACCCAGAGCUCUUUUCUCCUGACCCUCGUAAAAAACAGAAUGCGUCUUUCCGAGUGGAUUACUGUUCUGCGUACGUCACCCUGCUGACUGACCCUGGUCUUUGGAUGACUUUUUUGAGUGUGUGUGUAUGUGUGUGUGCAUGUGUGAGUUUGUACACACAUGCAUGUACUUAGAGGAAUUAAUGAGAAGGUGUGGUUGGGAGGGCUGGGGUAGCUUUGCUGCUCAAGCAGAUCAGAAAUCAGUUGUCACUGCAGACUCCCAGUCUUCACACAACUAUCUUCCUAGGUGCUGCUGUGCGCACGCGCACACACGCACGCACACACACGCACGCGCGCGCGCACACACACACACACACACACUGAAAGGGAUGAGUUGUGGUUUUUUUUCUUAUCAAUUGAAAAGCCUUUUAACAGUGUGUGUUGGUGUAUGGGGUCAGGUAUUAGUGUUAUUUUUUAGGAAACUUCCCAAAUAGCUUUUCACUGUUGCAUUUUGGGGUUUUUUUCUCUCCUGUUUUUUUUGUGAUUCUCCUGUCAAACCUAGACACUAACCUUGCUUUGCCCCUGAUUCUGUUUCACCUCCAUCCUGAUGACAAUUUGCUUUUUCUUCUUAAUUCCUCUUAUAUUCCCACUAUUACUGCCCAACCUGCUUUUCUCUUUGCUGUUGUGGUUAGUUUUAUUUUCAGCAUUUACUGUUUAUGUUUCAGUAGCAGCCAGGAUUCCCCAGUCCCAGGCCAGAUCUCAGGUACCAGGUGCUGUACAAACAUCAACCAGGAAGAUGACCUAUGCCUCAGAGUGCUUAUAAUUUAAGUAAAAGCUAAGUGUACUGACCAGGUCAGUGCAGCUCUGGGGAUACAACAUCAGCUGAUUCAUACCCUCUCCGUUGGUUGGGAGUGAUGAUGUGCUAUGUAAGAAAAUACUUUGCAGACUCUCAGAGAAGCUCUUUCCACCCAGUUGCACACAUACUUUUAAAUGUAUGUCUCUCACUAGUGACGUUUUAUUUCCCUGACCCUUCCCCAUCCAAGUAAAAUAGAUUCCAGGUGGGUCAAAUUGUUGUCCUCAAAGCUAUGUGACACCUCCCCCCCACCCCCGGCAACAUUUGCAAAACACGUUUUUGAAUCAUUGAUGUUCCUGUCUCUUGUGAUUGGCUAAGAAAAGAUUAGCAUGGGGAGCAUGAGGCUGAGCAGCCAAUUGCUGUUACAUACCAGCCUUGUAAAAUUUUCCUUGGAGACCAGUCUGAAGAGGGUUGAGUCAGUAGCACAGCCCCAGUCCCAGAUCAACAUGCUGUCUCAUUAAGAACAUUUGCAUUCCCAAGAUUGGCACUUCAAGGGAGUCGAUCUUUCCCAUUCUCCUGCCCCCGAUCACUUGAGGACAGGGAUGAGAGCUCGUACCACAUACACCAGCAACAUGUCAUAUGAUAACAUGACCUCCAAAAUCCGCUGUCAUGUUGGGGUGAAAUUCAUGGUAGGCUUCCCAUGGAAAUGUAGCAUUUUCUCUCUAUUAUUGACUGUUAAGGGUCACAUUUGACCUGCCAUUGGAAUGUUUGCUACUUGUUAUUCAUGAGAGAUUUAAAACAAUUUCUGGGUUUUCUUUGUAAGAGGUUGGGUCUGGUUUAGUGGUUGUGCUCCCCUGCCCUUUAAUUUUCAUUAGUCCAAACACUGCAGUGAAUUCAUUUGUGGGGAGGAGCAAGAUGGAAGGAGAGAAGAUUUGGACUCCGGACCCAUCCUUCCAUGCAUGCAAUCUGAUCUGCAGCGAAUGGUGCCAAAUUAAUCUCCUUAGCCAAAGAGGAGCCUGCCUCCUGGCCUGCUGUUGUAUAGGAGGAAAGGAAGGAAAAGAGAGGCCGUGGGAUACUUGCUUGGCCCUUUCAGCUGUGGGACUUUCCUUGUGAACUACUUUUUGAUAUUUCCAAAUAUGAUCCUUCAUAACUGUGAGUCUUCUGGUCAGCUCUUUGUAUUCCUGCACAGGACUCAGUCACUGGGUUUAUAGGAGAACGACAGGAAGAGACUCCUGUUUUCAUCAGUUCCACCUCAGCCUGCCUUGUGAAUACAUUCCUUUUCCUGUGAAAGGAGAACCAGUCCUUGUUGUGCUGGGAGGAUGCCAGAGAGGUGCUCUGGACAUGGCAGUGGAGUGUCAGCUGUCUGACUUAGGCUCUGCAUUUGAAACUAGAACAAAGGAUAGGACGGCUGGUUCCUUGUGGGGCUAUUCCAGGAAGGGGAGAUGCUGGGGUGUAAUUAGAGCCCAGACUGAGGAGACCAGGAGCUAGAAACACCACACGUGCAUCUAUGUAAGCAGCAGGAUUAAGCCUGCUAUUCUGGUGCUGAGAUGCUGAGCAAGCUGUUCUCUGAUACCGUAUCCACCUUGCAGCUGGAUUCCUGGGCUCAUGUGAAACCGUUUCUUGGUGGGUAUGCUCUCUGCUAAGACUGCUGGAUUCGGCCACCUAUGGGCUCUGGCCGUAAACCUUGCCCAGGCUGUGAUGGGGUGCUGUUUUCCUUGAGUGGUGCCCUCCCCUCACUGCAGCAUAAUACUGGACACGAACCAAACUGUGCACCCACCAGUCAUGGAGUCUGGGUGCAGUCUUGGUCCUCCAGGUGGACUGUUAGGUCUGAAAUUCCCAGAAGGGAAAGCUUGCCAGGAGGAUGAGCCUCACUGGAAAUGUGAAGUGAGAUGUCGUGUGCGUGUGUGUUUGUGUUAAUGACAGCAUUCUCAUCUCCCACUCGCUAUCUCAGGCAUGAGUUCAUUCAACUCUUGGGCUAAUUCUUUCCUGUUCUUUAAGGUCUGAAGCUUUUAAAUUGGUUUGGAUGAGAGAAUUAGAGGUUCUGUAGAUGGUCAAGGGCUAUUUACUGUUAAAGCUUUGUAACCUUAUCUUUUCCUUUAAAAAAAACAAGCAAACUAAACCCAAAGCAUUGUGGGCAUGUGUGCAAAAAUGUGCACACCUCUGUGUGUGUGUGUGUGUGUGUGUGUGUGUGCGUGCGUGCGUGCGUGUGCGUGCAUGCGUGUGAGAUAGCAACAUCAUCUCCUCCAUCCAUAGUGUGCCCAACAUCAUUUUUUUGGGGUAUUGUUCCUAAGGUAACUGGCCAUAGGGCAGCGAUCAGAUGGGUGAGCAGGAGAGCCCUCCCUCAUGCCACCGUUCAGCAGGGGAAGAAUGAGAACAGGUAUAAUAUUCAGUAUCGUGAAGUCCUCCCCAUAAGUUCUUCCCUCCCUGCAGUGCAUCAGUGCCAGUGGUGCCAAGAGCUCCUCCUGUCUGAACCAAUGAGACCCUCCUCCCCCAACCCCACCAGCUCAAGGAGCACUGAGGACCACACAUGAGAAUAGAUUCCAGGUGGGUCAAAUUGUCCUCAAAGCUCUGUGACACACACUCCUUGUGGCAACAUUUGCAAAACACGUUUUUGAAUCAUU